AUGAGUGGGGGUGGUGAUUGUGAGGAAGGAGAUGAGGAUGGCGGGGAUGGAGAGUUGCAAGAUGGUGGGGGUGGUGAUGGUGAUAAAGGAGAUGAGGAUGAUAGGGGUGGAGAGUUGCAAGAUGGUGGGGGCGAUGAUGGUGAUGGAGGAGACGAGGAUGGUGGCGAUGAAGAAUUGCAGGAUGAUGGGGGUAAUGAUGGCGAGGGAGGAGGUGCUGAUGGUGGUAAUAAGGAUGGUGAUAGUGGGGGUGGAGAAUUGCAAGAUGGUGGGAGUGGUGAUGGUAAUAGAAGAGACGGGGAUGGUGGCGGUGGAGAAUUACAGGAUGGUGGGGGUAGUGAUGGUGAGGGAGGAGAUACUAAUGGUAGUGGUGGGGACGGUGAAAGUGAAGGAGGUGGUGGUGAGGAAAGAGAUGUGGAUGGUGGUGGUGGAAAUGGUGAAGGUGAAGGAGGUGAUUUGUAG